UUAUUAUUCGGUCAAUUAUAUUAUAUAAAUCUAAUUAUUCUUGUGAAAUGUUUUACAAAAUAAAUUCUUUUUUAUUAAUUUUUAUGUGUGGACAUUUUUUUGAAGAAGUCUUUGGAAAUAUACUUUUAAUUGUCGGGGAUAAAGUGUUUAUAGAUAAUACACACGCAAGAAUUGGAUAUCAUACAGAUGCUAAGUGGAUUGAAAAGAACUAUAUGUUCAAACCUUCAAAAAAAUAUUUACAGUGUGGUCCUUUAAUAUUGUAUUUUGUAAAUGAAAAUAAGAUUUUUGCAGAAAUUUAUUUGAAUUUUCAUGACCAGAUUACUAGAGAAAUUAAAAAAAAAGAAAAAUUAUAUUUUUAUAUCAUAUUCCAAAAAAAUUCCAUUAUAUUAAAUUACAAUGGAAAUGAUAACAUUUUCGAGUACAACGAAGAAAUGAAUAAAAAACUACAGACUUUUAUGGAGGAAAUAAACAACCGAAUUCAAUUCAAAAUAAUUAAAAUUCAAACCAGUAAACUAGAUAAUAAUACAUCUUUAAUAAAUAAUACGGUUUAUGAUGAAAAAACUACAAAUCAACUAAGAGAUGUCAUGAAUUUGUCUUUAUGGAAAUAUAUCAAAGAAGAACUUGUUCAAUCGAAAGUUUCUCUACUACCAAAUACAACAAUUAACGAUUUCAUUCUUAAUUCAACAAUGUACGUGUACAUUGUUAAAUCCACUCUUAAAAAAGCAAUAACAAUGAUGUGUGAUCGAACUUAUAAGUAUGCGAUUUUGCUAAUGGUAUAUGCCUUUGAGGCACUAAGAAUUGAUUAUUGUAAAACACCAUAUUGGGACCAAUUAAUGAAUUAUUUAAAAAAAUUGAGUGAUAUACUGACAAAUUUAAAUGGCGACAUUAUUUUACGACGUGGAUUAGAUGAUAUUAAAUGUGGAAUUAAUGAAUGUGAUAAAAUGUGUAUUUUUCAAAGAUUAGUAAGUGAUUAUUAUUCAAAUAUUUACUUAAAGCCCCAAGAUAGGGAAAUAUUUAAGUUAAAAAAUAAAUCUGAAUGGAUAAAUAUUAAAGAUAAAGAAAUUUUAUCACAAAAUGUAUUGGAUAAAAUAUUCAAAGGAUUUCCGAAAUCUCACAAAGACGAGGAACCAUACAAAUUUGAACUUAUACCAACAAGUCUAUGUGAAAUAGAGAAAAAAUUUCAGCAAAUUUAUGUGUUAAUUGACACAGAAUUUGAAAGAAUUUAUAAAAUAGAUUUGUAAUAUUUGAUAUCUAUUAUAGUAUGGUAGAUAUUUAUUUUUCAAAAAUAUUUAUGGUAAUUCAAUCACACUUGUUUCAAUAAAUUAUUCAACCAUUUAAAAUUAAUAAAGGACAAUAAUAAUAAAUAUUUA